AUGCAAGAUUUAUACUUUUUUAAUAUGGCAGUAUUGGCGAUCAUUAUUUUACUCGUCGCAUUCGUCAUAAUUGUUCUUAACAGCAUUGUAUGGAUAUUUGUAGUGGCCAGCAUUUAUGCGAUUAGCAGUUAUUAUGCUGUUCAACUGAUAAGGUGCAUCGACAACUUAUUAGUGAGGUUCAAUAUUAUAAAUGACAACUUUAUCACAAAAUUUGCAAUCAAGGAUUCAUGCAGUGUUUGUAGCAAUAACACCUGCAAGAGGCACAAAUUGUUGUCACAUUCGACAAAGAUCAAGGUACCAAAGGAUUUCGACCAUGCGUUAGAACAGCUUUUAGAAGAGCUGCUGCAAAUUUAUGUCUGCGCAUGGUACUCUGAUUUCUCGACGAAUGAAGCCUUCAUACAACAGUUGCGUUUAGCUAUAACGACAGCAGCGAAAAAUAUCGCUAUUCGAUUGUUACGUGCGGAUAUAGGGGACAUCACGUUCACCGAUCUCAUUCCCUUGGCUAUAAAACAUGCUCAGGAUUGGAAUGCUCUUGUAAAAAAAUCAAAAAUGGAUGCUAAAAUGCCCCAAGAUUAUGUAGAAAGUUAUCUGGGUUCCAAGAUUCACCCAGCUGCUUACUCAAGAGAAGCUGAAUUGAAUUAUUUACGAGGAUUAAUCACUGCACUGCUGCCACAUUUGUUACCUGCCAUACAUGUCUCGACAAAUAACAAAGUGAUACUUCGGGAAAUUUUAGCCAAUUGGGUGCUACUACCAGCAAUUGAUGCACUUGCAGAUCCGGAAAAUAUAAAUAUGUUGGUGACAUUAUCCACUCAUCAUGAUGGCUCUCUAUCGAAUUCAGCAAAAACUAUUAAUAUACCGAUGCUGCAAUCGUGGGUGACGACAGUGCAUCCACAUAUCAUCACCCACAAUUGUUUCAAACCAUCUUUGAAUGAAGUCUUGAGCGAUCCUGAGCUGUUAUAUAUGUUUAUGCAACACAUCAAAGAAUCAGGACCUAUGAAUCUUCUUCAAUUUUGUUUAGAUAUUGAUGAUCUCAGUAAACGUAUGUUAAAUCCGGAAAUGUCAUCUAGCGCUGAAAAAAGCUUAUACAUAGAUGUUCGAAAUUUGUAUACAAUAUAUCUUGAUCCUGAUGGUCCAGAAUACUUGUAUUUACCAUUGCAUAUAACGCAAGGCAUACGACAAAUAUUAGAAGGUGGACCAGAAAAAAUCCAAGAGCUACGAACAUCACGACCUUUCUAUCAAGCUCAUCAAGAAGCACACGCGCUCUUAGAAAGUACCUGUCUACCCUCAUUCCAUCAUAGUUAUCAACUAUACAAACUUCUCUGUGGUCAUUUAGUGUCUGAACAAGCAAAAGCCACUGCAGCCAAUGCGAGUGGAGGUGCUAUCUCUACGCGGCCCAGCAAUCAAUUAAGCAGGAUGGAUGGUGUUUCACGUACAACGCUUGACGGUACCCCGUUUCCAUUGCAACAUGUCUAUCCGGUCGAGGAGGUAGAUUGCACAGCUCGAGCAUACAACGAGAUCAAGAGCUUCGGCGAUAAGUCUCAUCGCGACUUGACGACGUGGCGAGUCGCCAUCCCGCACGUGGACGGCGGUGGCACGCAACCAGUGUACAUGAUCGCCAUCCACAGCGUGGCGGAGGCCAAAUCGUGGACAGUCCUGCGUCAGGAUCAAGAUUUCUACACGCUGCGGACGCGACUCGCCGAGUUCCACGGCGACAAGGAACUGAACGACUCGCCCUUAUCAUCGCGCAAGAAUCCCCACUUGCCCCUUGCGGCUAAUCGUCAACGCUACGAAGAGUUUCUGCAGAGGCUGCUGUCUAAGCCGAUGUUGAGAAGCAGCGAGCUCCUCUACACCUUUCUCACGACGCCAAACCUGAAGCCGUACUUUGCCAACUACAGCACACCCGACAUCGGCAUCCUCUAUCAGAGCGUGACCUAUAAAUUGCGAAAGGAGAAGGGACAGCACCUCGACAAGUUUAUGAGUACUUUUUUGGCGUCCACGAAUAUAAAGUACGAGCAUAUGGAUAUGGGUGUCGAGCCGUUGAGCGAGCACAAUCUCGACGACGAAAGCAAGAGAAGUCUACUGAAUGGGGCGUUUGGCAAUAAUCUGAAUCUACCUGUCCCUUUGCAAAAUGUUCCAUGCGAUUUGCCGCAGCGUGAUCAUGUAAAAGGGGCAAGUUUAUGCGUCGUGGAAGCCGUGGAUGGUCUGUUAGAUAUGCCUCCGAUUAUUUCGCGACUUUUCUGGAUGUUUGCCUCUUUAUCGCGCAAGAGAGUCGAUCCCAUUGUGAACACAAUGUUCUACAACAUGUUGAUCAAGCUUUUGAGUGGGGGUCGUGCUUCUAUCGUCGUCAAGCUUUUACAUGCAAAAAUAACAGGCAGAAAUUACAUGAAAGAUUUCUCCUCGCAAGCAAGAUGUCGAGAUUAUUACGAAGCGGCCAAAAAAGGACUGUACUCCUUGUUACCAUGGUGGUUACUUGGGAUCUCCAAGUCUUGGAACAGCUUGAUGGACUCUUUAUUAGAUCCUUUACAAAAUGCACCAUUUAAUAAACAUCUGGCAUACCUUCUGCUGGAUCACCUCUUGGUAAAUCUUUUCCCAGAAGCAAGAGCGUAAUGUCCUUCGACAAAAACACGAACAGUAGUACAUAUAAUUCUAAUAAAACAACUUGUACAAACAUACACAAUUAUUUUUUGUGCAUAUGUAGUACACAUGAUAAUUUCGCGUGAGUAAAAAUUCCUAUUGAGAUCUAUAGGAUCUUUAUACAUUAAAAAGAAAUGAACGAGAGCAUCUUAUGAUCGAGAAUGACUAUAAAUAAUAAGGAUCGAUUUAUUGCAA